CCACCUCAGUGCUACUGACUCCCUCUGUGAUCAUGUCUGUCCGAGCUUUGAAGACCACCACCUACUCCACUGUGUCAACCUCUUCCACCGGCAAGGGCCCAACCUCGGGCUUCAGCAGUUCCUCCUUCUCUGGCUAUGGUGGCCGCAGUGUGGGUGGUGCGAGGCAGAGCUACGCUGUCCGCAGCACCUAUGGGGGAAUGGGCAGCAGCAGUGCUGGCAUGGGUGUUGGGGGUUUCAAGGUGGUCGGGGGGUAUGCUGCUGGGGGAUCUGGCCAAAGAGGAGGUGCAGUUGAGUUUGGUUAUGUGGGCAUCGGUGGAGGUAUGGGUGUUAGCAGUGGCAUGGCCAAUGCAAUGGCAGCCCCAAUCACUGCAGUGACAGUGAACAAGAGCCUGCUGGCCCCCCUGAACCUGGAGAUUGACCCCACCAUCCAGGCAGUCCGCACCCAGGAGAAGGAGCAGAUCAAGACCCUGAACAACCGCUUUGCCUCCUUCAUCGACAAGGUGCGCUUCCUGGAACAGCAGAACAAGAUGCUAGAGACCAAGUGGAACCUCCUGCAGAACCAGACCACCAGCCGCUCCAACAUUGACAGCAUGUUUGAGGCUUACAUUGCCAACCUUCGUAAGCAGCUAGACAACCUGGGUCAUGAAAAGGUCAAGCUGGAGUCUGACCUGCAUCAAAUGAAGGGUCUGGUUGAGGACUUCAAAAACAAGUAUGAAGACGAGAUUAACAAGCGCAAUGAGUGUGAGAACAACUUUGUGCUCAUAAAGAAGGACACAGAUGCUGCUUACAUGAUCAAAGUGGAGCUGGAGGCCAAACUUGAUGGCCUUUCUGAUGAGAUUGAGUUCCUGAGGCAGAUCUAUGAUGCGGAGAUUCACGAGCUGCAAGCCCAGAUCAAGGACACAUCCGUCGUAGUGGAAAUGGACAACAGCCGUAACCUUGACAUGGACGCCAUUGUUGCUGAAGUGCGUGCCCAGUAUGAAGACAUUGCCAACCGCAGCAGAGCCGAGGCUGAGACAUGGUACCAGACUAAGUAUGAGGAGAUGCAGCAGUCAGUGGGUCGAUAUGGGGAUGACCUUAAGGCGUCCAAGGCUGAAAUUACUGACAUGAACCGCAGGAUAAUGAGGCUCCAGUCUGAAAUUGACAUGGUUAAGUCACAGAGAAACAACUUGGAAGCUCAGAUCGCAGAGGCUGAGGAGCGUGGUGAGCUGGCAGUGAAGGACGCCAAGCUCCGCAUCAGGGACCUGGAGGAGGCUCUUCAGAGAGCCAAGCAAGACAUGGCAUUGCAAGUCCGCCAGUACCAGGAACUCAUGAAUGUCAAACUGGCCCUGGACAUUGAAAUCGCCACCUACAGGAAACUGCUGGAGGGAGAGGAGGACAGACUAGCAACUGGAAUCAAGACCAGUGUGUCCAAACAGACUUCACUGAACUACAACGCCUAUGGCCUGGAGAGUGCCCGCACCCCCUCCUACGUCAGCUCCUCCUUUGGUGCAGUGAAGGCCAGCAGCAGUUCUCUCAGCAGCCAUGAAGGGGCAGUGAAGAGCAGCACAGUCACCAAGACUGAAUCUGUGGUGAUGAAGACAGUGGAGAAGGAGGAGGCACAGGUAGCUUCUGAGGAGCCCGAGGCCUCUGCUGUUGUUGUGGAGCAGCAGCAGGAGCAGGAGCCAGAACCUGAAAAGGAGCAGGAGCAAGUGGAGGCACAAGCCGUGGCUGAAGAGUGAAGUUUCACUUUUUUGUCCUUUCACUGAAAUUCUGAUUGCUGAUUUUGGUGAAAGAAGCACACCUAAGUCAUUCUUUGCUUACUAUUCAAUGCUUCUAAUUUCAUUCAGGUUCAUAAUACCCUAAGUGCCUUCAUCAAAGGAUGGGUGUGAUCCUGCAGUAGGAGAUGAAUACCCAGAUUUAGGAAGCCUACUGUCUUAGUAAACACUUCUUAGUUACCUCUAAAAGCCCAGUUAAACAAGACCUUAGGUGCCUUUAAACCAGUGUAGGUUUACAAGCUUUUCACUGUUAAAUGUAGUCUCAGUCACUGCUGAUGAGUCACUUUCUUCAUCACCACUACACCUGUAAAGCCUGCAGGUGGCACUGUGGUGUGACUUUUCCUCUGCUGUUCACAUUUGCCCUUUGGCCAAUACAAAGCACUGCUGUUAUAGCCUACGUUUGUCUGCAAGAACAGAAAAACUUGUUAUUCUCAGAGUGACAUACUGCUGUCAGUGGAACUCUGUAAGACUAGACUGGGGGAAACAGAAUCAUUACUGUACUGAAAAUGCUGUGCCAAAUGACUGAUAGUUGAGUAUAAACAAAACAACAGGAAAUAGCAAACUCUCCAUGACUUCAGCUGUGAACAAUGCUCAGGUGUACUGUCUGCUGUUGGCAACAUCUGGUGUC